UACAUAAUAGGCAUAUUUCUAUUUCCAUUUACUCAGAGACACACACAACUUGGCCAGGCCUCCAUUCCAGGCAUGUGGACUCUUGUGCUUGGUAUUGCUUACCUUGUCUGUGGUGGGUGCAGUGCGGGGUCCGGGGCCCCGAGUACACUGCGACUGGUCAACCUGUUAUAUCGUCAUGGUGACCGAAGUCCUUACGCCACCUAUCGGAGCAACCCCAACAACAACAGGAAGAACGUAUGGCCGAAUGGACUAGGCUGGCUGACCACAAUAGGAAUGGAACAGGAAUAUUCUCUUGGACGGUUCCUUCGCCGGCGCUACUCCGGUUUCCUCAGUGACAAGUACCUGCACACAGAGAUCACCGUGGAGAGCUCAGACGUGAACAGAUGUCUGAUGUCUGCCUACUCCAACCUGGCCGGUCUGUACCCUCCAAGUGGGGACCAAGUGUGGAACAGCAACAUCCCCUGGCAGCCCAUCCCCGUCCACACCAGGCCUAGAAGUGAGGACAAUAUGCUGGGUAUGGGUAAGCACUGCCAGAGAUAUAACGACCUGAAGACGUCAAUCUACAAGUCGACCCGGGCCAUGCAGGAGGCGGGAGAGAACAAGGAUCUUUACACAUUCCUGACAAGAGUGACGGGGUAUGUUCCAUUCCGCCUACAAAACGCCCCUGUGGUAGCAGACAACCUUCUGUGUGAGAAAAUCCAUAACGUGUCUUGGGCCCCCUGGGUGAAUGAAACCAUGUUCCAGACACUGAGGGAGCUGGAGGCGUUAAGCCUGGACCUCAAGUACAGCGACAGUGGCGUGGCCCGCCUGAAAGGAGGGGUGCUGUUGAAGAAGUGGAUCGAAGAGACACAGCAGAGAGUCAGCUCAAGCUUCUACACCACCAAGAUGAACAUGUUUUCCGCUCAUGACUCCACUGUGUUGGCGGUACUGGGCGCUCUCCGGGCCCUCAACCACCUUCCCCCACCCUACUCAUCCGCCAUCCUCAUGGAGCUGCACGAGACAAGGGCCAGUGUCUUCCACGUGGAACUGUACUACAGGAAUGUGUCAUCCACAGACCCUAACGAUGACACACCGCCUCAUCAACUCACCAUACCAGGUUGUACGUUCAAGUGCCCGCUGACCAAGUUUGUGUCCCUCACCAAAGACAUGGUUCCCACAGACUGGGACGCCGAGUGCGCCGCCUCCAGCACAGGCACCAUCAUCGGAAGACGUGAAGACCAGGACGCCGACAGCCCUGACGCCCUAGAUCCCCACUCUGAUGACAUCGACAGUAUAUAAACCUGGAUAAUAAAUACUACUCCCUGACUGUG